AUGUUGAGAGAUGAGCAGAAUGGUCCAGAUUCUGAUGAUCUGCCAGUUGGGCAAGAGGGUUCUGCUGAAUCUCCCCCAAAGAGAAAGGUUGCUGCCAAGUCUUCAAGAGAUGAAGCUACUCCUUCGCAGGUAGAGAAUGUGUCUCUAUUGAGGAAGAAGCCAAGGUUCCCUUCUGCUAAGAAGACUCAAGUGGGGUCUGCUCUACCAUCAUCUGCCAGGGCCAAACAUCUCGUGGGUGCAGAUAGCACGAAGGUUGGUGGUAUGAACUAUGUUCGGGGUAUUCUGCUCGAGCCUCUUGUUGACAAGCUUGAAAACCAUGAUCUGCUUCGUGAGGCAACUUGUGCCCAAUCUAGUUCUGCCAAGCGUCAAAGAGAUGCAGACAUUCCUCCUCGAAGUUCGAGUCGUCUGCACGGUCAAAAGAUGGAGAUCGAAGCGGGAGUGAGGUUGGUGGAGGCUAAGAAGAUGAGAGAGUCAUCUGCCUGGGCGAAGAGCUCUUCUUCAGCGUCGGUGGUUGAUCCGAAGGCGAACAAGUCUAGCCCUGUAGGGGAUGCGUGUGUGUUUGAUCUGCUCAAGAUGAACUUCGUAUAA